CGGCAUACACGAAGCAUGACGUACUUGAUAAUGCCUCAACAAACAUAUAAACUCGUUGAAUUGCGCCCUUGAUUUCUCAAUUUCAUUCUCAGAUUCUCAAAUUCUCAUACAACAACACUCUAUUCACAUUUUUGGUCACUUUCCCAAAUUUUCUUAUCAUACCACCAACAUAUUCAUCAUGUCCGCCGACGAUCAGUACGAGCAACAGAACGACUUCGCCCAGGGCCCCGCUGGCGACUCCAUGGACGAUGACUACAAGAGCCGUUCAGGCCAGUGCCAGAUUCCCGUACAGAGCGACUCCGCUCCCAUCGAAGAUCCAAUCGAUCCUGCUACCGCCGAUUCAGACGAGCAACUUGCUCGCGAUGAUCGUGAGGCCAUCGAUGAUGAUAAUAUCCUCGACUCCCGUACUCGAGGCGCAACUAAGAAGGCUGGUACCUAUGCUGAGCCAGGAGACGAGGAGGGUCUUCCAGGUCCAGACGAUGGUACAUCUGCCAUCCGAAAGUAAAUGUUUGAGAUGUAUACCAUAGCUAUAUGGUCCACAGCAAACAUUAUGAUACACUCUAUGAUACCUUGAGGAGUUAUUAGUUGAUUUAAUUG